CGUUGCUGCAGGAGUCCUCUCCCCCACUGACUGGAUACAUGAAGAAUUACCCGUAAACGACAUCUUCCCUGCAAUAAUGGGCCGCCAGCUAAUUACUGCGUUGACGUGUUGAUAUAAAGAUAUUUCAGAUAUCAAAUAUGAAUCAUGCAUUUGAUAUUUCUGGCAAAUUUGCUCGUGAGCAUUCUUGCGUCCUGGCUCCAUCCAUCCAUAGCGGCAAUUGUUUCUCAAGGAGGAGAGAAUGAGGUGGUUGAGAGGGACGCAGUGUCAUUAUUGUUGGAGCGAGAGGCAACUGCAGCAGCGGCCACAGACAACACAAGUCACCAUGCGGCUGAGCAUGUGAUCACCUACCCCUCUCGGCUCAUCUACUACCUGAACGAGGACUCAGAGAGCACUUACCAUGACCUGGACACCCGGGCUAGGAACCAGGCCACAGAGGGUCAUGAUCAGGCAGUCCACCUUGCUCAAGCCAGUUUCCAGUUAGAGGCCUUUGGGUCCAGAUUUGUACUGGACCUAACGUUAAACAAUGACUUGUUGUCGUCGGAUUAUGUGGAGAUCCACUAUGAAGAGGGUAAACCUGUUCUAUCAAAGGGUGGUGAGCACUGUUACUACCACGGCCAGGUGAGGGGGGAAGAUGACUCUAAUGUGGCCUUGUCUACCUGCAAUGGGCUGCAGAUACAGCUGCACGACCCCACUCACUGCGCAGGAGGCCCACCCUCCAGAGGAACAAUGACCAAGAGGAACUGGUGGAGGAGGAGGCUGAAGCGCAGGAAAAAGCGGGCUAUGCCUCGGAAUGUCUUUGAGGAAAUGAAGUAUUUGGAGAUUAUGAUUGUCAGUGACCACAAUAUGUAUAAGCGACACAAGGCCAAGCAGCACACCAGGAACUUUGCCAAGUCAGUGGUGAACUUUGUGGAUGCUGUCUUUAAGGAGCACCUGCACACACGGGUUGUUCUGGUUGCCGUGGAGAUAUGGACGGACAAGGACCACAUUCCCAUCAGUGUGAAGCCACUGGACAUGCUGAAAGAUUUCUCUAAGUACCGGGCGCAGAGCAUCAAGCAGCACGCUGACUCUGUGCACCUCUUCACCAAUGUGACCUUCCACUACCGCCGGAGCAGCGCAGCGUACUUCGGGGGCAUGUGCUCUGUGAGCCGUGGAGUAGGGGUCAACGAGUAUGGCACCACGUGGACCAUGGCUUCAUCACUCUCCCAGAGCUUGGCACAGAACCUAGGCAUCCAGUGGGAUCCAGCCGCCAAGAGAAAGGAAUGUGGCUGUGCUGACUCCUGGGUGGGCUGCAUCAUGGAGGAUACUGGGGUCCAGCAUCCCCGGAUGUUCUCCAAAUGCAGCAUCUCAGACUACAAGGAAUUCCUGCUGAAAGGUGGUGGAUCCUGUCUUUUUAACAGGCCAAACAAGCUGUUUGAAUCCACAGAGUGUGGGAAUGGAUACAUUGAGGUGGGAGAGGAGUGUGACUGUGGUGCUAGAUCCGAGUGCUACAAGGAGUGCUGCAAGAAGUGUUCCCUAGCUAAUGGUGCACAUUGUGCUGAUGGACCUUGCUGCAACAACACUUGUCUGUUCUACCCGCGAGGUUAUAGUUGUCGCUAUGCGGUGAAUGACUGUGACAUCUCAGAGACAUGCUCAGGAGACUCUGGCCAGUGCCCUCCUAACCUUCACAAACAAGAUGGCUACCACUGUCAAGUCGACCAGGGACGCUGCUACGGUGGAGAGUGCAAGACCAGGGGGAACCAGUGCAAAUACCUCUGGGGUUCAAAGGCGGGAGGCUCCGAGAAGUUCUGCUAUGAGAAGCUCAAUACAGAGGGAACAGAGAAGGGAAACUGUGGGAAGGAUGGAGAGAAAUGGCUCCAGUGCAGCAAGCACGAUGUGUUCUGUGGGUCCCUGCUGUGCAGCAACAUAGGACGCAACCCCCGCAUCGGGAUAAUGAAGGGAGACAUCACCCCCACCUCCUUCAACCAUCAGGGCAGGCUGGUGGACUGCAGUGGUGGCCACGUUCUUUUGGACGAUGAGACUGAUUUAGGCUACGUGGAGGACGGGACGCCCUGUGGGCCGUCCAUGAUGUGUCUUGACCGCAAGUGUCUGCCCAUCCAGUCCCUCAACAUGAGCACCUGCCCCAGCGGGCCCAACAGCCAGGUGUGCUCAGCCCACGGGGUGUGUAACAAUGAGGCGACGUGCACCUGUGACACUACAUGGGCGGGGACAGACUGCAGCAUGCCUGACCCCCCCAAGGAGCCUGCACCCGCAGAAGAUGAAGGACCAAAGGGUCCUAGUGCCACCAAUCUUAUAAUAGGCUCCAUCGCCGGAGCCAUCCUGGUAGCUGCCAUAGUGCUGGGGGGGACUGGAUGGGGCUUUAAGUAAGCAACACGCCGCAUGUCUCUCCUACCGUGACUCUGGCAUCCCUGCUGCUGCUUAUAGACACCAGGGUUUGAGCUCCUGCUACAGAAUAUAGACCCAAGGGGGCACACAAACAUACCUGAUACGUACGUCAGCUCAACCACACAUAGACUUACAUAGUAAGCUGUAAACACACACUUAACAUAGACAUAUUUAAAGUAAUCUUGCCUGUGCUCAUGAUACUUAACAUUGUCUUAAAGUAACUGUCCAGUGAAAAUCUCCCUUUUAAAAGUUCAUAUUCUGUUAACUCAUAACCAAAUAAUGUUGUUGACUCAUUUUAUACUCGUAUUUUUGGCCAAAGCAUAAAUUGGAGGGGGAAAAAACCCUUUAAAAAACCCACUUCAAACUUGUAUCUCAAACAGAGCGUUUAAAAAAUGCUUGCUAUUUCCUCAUAGAGGAUUAUGUCAUCCUCCUGAAGAGGCCCAGCUGGCCAAUCAAUAGUCUACUCUCAUUAAUAUUUUUAAUGACCAGUAUCCGCCCACACUAUUCGAACACAGAAAAUAGGUUUUUUGACAGUACAAUUGGAAGGAAAACUAUUUAACACAUAUUUCAUAGAAAUCUGGAAACAUUGGACAGUUACUUUAAUAAAGGUCCACAAUCAGUAAUAUAGGGUGAUUAUCAUAGAGAUUAUGUUGGAGAGGUGGUGGGCAUCUGUGCGUCUGUGGCAGAACCUCAAACUGAUAAGACGGGCACAGCUCAAAGCUUGACGUGCAUGUUCAAUACAGUUACUAAACCUGCUGGUUAGGGCGGAAGGUAGCCUAGCGGUUAGAGUGUUGGGCCAGUAACAGAAAGGUUGCUGGUUUGAAUACCUGAGCCGUUAAGGUGAAACA